AUGAGUGUUUUUUGUGUGUUUUUGUGAUUUUCUCAAAAGUAAUUUAACUCUCUUAAAGUGAGCUACCAUGGACCCUUAUGAAAUUGAGUUUUUGGGGGAGAAUAGGAUAGUGAGUGUAAUACCAAACUUUUCGUACGACAAAAUAUACUUGAUAUGCGGUGAAUUUGGACCAUUUCGAGCUGGUUUGCCCCUAAACGUGCCCCUGUGGCUAGGUAUAAUGUUGAAACAAAAACAAAAGUGUCGCAUCGUGCCCCCCGAAUGGAUGGAACUCGAUGCUUUAGAAAAUAUUAAGGAGGAAGAGAAGCGUUCAAGAUUUUUCACAAAAAUGCCAAAUGAACACUACAUGGUUGAAGCCAAACUCAUACUCGGUGUAGCAGCUGAAGACAUUCCCAAUUCGUCAGAAAUCAAGACCGUGAUCAAAGACAUUUGGGACAUACGGAUGUCUAAAUUAAGGACGUCAAUGGACGCGCUGAUGAAGUCCGGAGGAAGUUACGGUCGGCUGGACCACCUUACACUGAUGGAAAUCAAUUCAGUGAAACCUUUAUUACCAUCUGCGAUGGAUGAUUUGUACAGAAUUAAAACGACGUCAAAGAGACCUGCAACAGCCAGUUUGAACACCUCAACGUUCAGUCAAUCGGGAAGCUCACAAAACAUCUAGAUAAGUUAGAUUUACUUUAUUUUUAAGUAGCUAGCUAGAUAAUGAAUUUUUGUAUGAAGAAAUAAAAUUAAGUGCCUUCUCUGCCCAAAGAAAAAACUUUUAUGCCUUUCUGGAUUGUGUAAAUCUUUUCUACAUUGUUUUUUAUACUUAUCAAUAGUUAAAAGCAUCUAUAAAAAAGAGCAAAUAAACAAUUUGAAUUUGAUUUUGAGAUAAUAUAAACCAUUUGUCAGAUUAAAAUGUAAUCAAAUGUCCAAAUUGAAAUUACAAAACCUAUAUUGCAAAAAACUUCCUUAAGAAAACUAAUUUAAAUAUUCAAUAAACCUCUGUUAAAAUUA